AGAAGAGAGAGAGAGAGAGAGAGAGAAAAAGGGGGGAGAAAGGGAGGGAAAUGAAAGCAGGUAAAGAAGAAGAAGAAGGAGGAGCAGCAGCAGCAGAAUCAGAAUACAACAGCAAUAGCAAAGGAAGCAGAGAAGGAGAGGAGAGGAGAGGAGAGGAGAGAAGGGGAAUAGCAGUAGCAAUUUCCAUAGCAGUGUUAAAUGUUAUGGUGGAUGAGUUGUUCUUUGAGAUGUGAGCCUGUUCCUGCAGAAAGGGAUAUCUCUCCGUACCUUUCCUCUUCCUGUUGAUUCUCCUCCUCAUCUUCCCCCGCAUUUAAAAUCAUCAUCCCAUUCCAUCCCCCCCCCAAACUGUUCCUUACUCUUUCACCCUUUUUCUUUCGCGAAAGGCUGCUCGGUAGGGUGUUCUUGGAAUCGCAAGGGGUCUUUGGCUCGCUGCCUGUCUCUCCCGGAUGCUCCCCCGACCGAUCUGGGGUUCUGUCGGAUUCAAGAUUUGGUUGCCGGGGUUCGGUUCCACUAAGCAAGUCUUGCUCUUUUGGUGUCGUUUGGAUCUUUACUCCGACAGUGUUUGAUGUACAUAAGCUCCCGUAUUGAGGCAGUGUUUUAAGUCUAGGCUUUGGUUCAGUCCUGUCCGUGUCCGUCCCCUCCUUCAUUGAAAAGAUUUUGUGAUUUCUUUGGAGGAUUUGUAAUCUAAUUUCCCUUUUGAUCAAUCCCCCUCUUCAGGAAACCCAACAAAAAAAAAAGUUGAUUGAUUUCUUUCUUCAAAUCCUAUACCCGAAUCACCCACCAUUUUUUCAGUGGGUUUGUUCUACCAGACUGAUCUUUGUUUUUCUCUAUUGACACCCAAGUUUCGGUUUUUUGUUUUUUUUUUUUUUCGGUUUUUGAUUUAUUUUGCCUGCAAAAAAAGAGGGGGUGACAAUAUACAAACACUUGGUUUGUUUGAUUUUCUUUCGGGGGCCUCUUGGAUUCUAUGAGAAUAGGUGAUAGCAUACUCCUAGAUCUAAUAGACAAGCUCAGGUAUUGGAUUCCCUGGGAUACGGCUUCCAGCAGUUCGAACAUGCCUGGUGACACCAACAUCGGCUGCAAGAUGUGUUGCGAUAGUGAUGCCAAUGUUAAAGACCGUAUUCCUCGGUACUACUGCCUUGGUUGUGGUCGGUUCUUGUGCGCCAAAUGUGUUGGGGGAUUUGAAUCGUUGACGGUCUUAGGCUCCGUGAAGGAGGAUGGUAGAGUAGGCAUUAAGGUAUGUAAGUUUUGUGCAAGGACCGAUCACCGCAAGAAGAAUAGCGAGAAGGUCCAUCCUCGGGAUAGUCCUGAGCCUCCAUCUCCGUACUUCAGUUGUUCGGAGAAAGUCGGUGGUUCGAUAAAUAAUAUCGGUUUGAUUCAGAGAGAUCGUCUCGAGCCUUUCGAGCAUGUUUACUCUCCUCACGGUAGUAGUGUGACUGACUUUAGCGCUCGCCCGUCUCCUGUAUCUGUUCGAUGCUCUCCGAGCAGAUGUAGAAGUGAUGAAGAAGAAGCGGAUGGUUCAGGGAAGUACUUCUGCAGCCCCUUGAGUGAGUCUUGCCACGGCAUCUCAGACAUAGAUACACGUAGCCUUAGUUUUAGACACGACUUUUACAGUUUCAAGUCUGCUGGGUCCACACCCUCAGGCAGCCCCUCUAGGAACCAUUUUACAUUGAAUAGAGGUGGGCACUUUGUACAGCACGAGCAGGAGGGAAGCCCGCUUUCUCGUGAUGAUGGUCCCUUUAGUCAAGAAGAAACCACGGCUGUUUUAAGAAGGCCAGGGGCAGGGACUGAGGAUACAGAAAGCACCGAUUAUUGCUCAGAUGAAUUGUCGAUCUUUCGUAGCCAGUAUGAACGAUUUCAGAAACCGCUUGAUUUCGAGAACAAUGACCUUAUCUGGUUUCCUCCACUGCCCAAUGAUGAGAAGGAUGAAAUGGAGGGUAAUUACUUUUAUUAUGAUGAUGAGGAUGACUAUGUUGGGGACUCGGGAGCAGUAUUUACCCCCAGCAGUAGUCUUUCUUGCAUUUUUUCGGCGAAGGAGAGACAUAACGAGGGUAAUAAGGAGCCUCUGAGAGCUCAAGUGCAGAGCCACUUCAGAGCUCUUGUUUCGCAGCUUCUAUAUGGUGAGGGCAUUGGGAUUGGCCAGGAGAAUGGACCUGAGAAGUGGGUAGACAUUGUAAUGAAUUUAGCAUGGCAAGCAGCAAAUUUUGUGAAGCCAGAUACGAGCAGGGGAGGUAGUAUGGACCCCUGUGACUAUGUCAAGGUUAAGUGCGUGGCUUCGGGGAGUCCAAAUGAGAGCGCCCUAGUUAAAGGGAUAGUUUGUACCAAGAAUGUGAAGCACAAACGCAUGACUUCACAAUACAAAAACCCAAGGGUACUUAUUUUAGGAGGAGCAUUGGAAUAUCAAAGAGUUCCGAAUCAGCUGGCUUCCUUUGAUACACUUCUGCAACAGGAAAUUGAUCAUCUCAAGAAGAUUAUUGCGAAGAUAGAGGCUCUUCACCCAAACGUGCUGCUAGUAGAAAAAAGUGUAUCUUCAUAUGCCCAAGAAUAUCUUCUAGCAAAGGAAAUCUCCCUCGUGUUAAAUGUUAAGAGACCAUUGCUCGAGCGUAUAUCGAGGUGUACUGGUGCUCCAAUUACUCCUUCUACUGAUAGUAUCCCCACAACAAGACUGGGUCAUUGUGAACUCUUCAAAUUAGAGAGAGUUUCUGAAGAGUAUGAGGUUAAUAAUCAAUCGAGCAGGAAACCCUCCAAAACCUUGAUGUAUUUUGAAGGUUGUCCAAGACGUUUAGGGUGCACGGUUCUUCUGAGGGGUUCUUGUCGUGAUGAACUAAAGAAGGUUAAGCAUGUUGUCCAGUAUGCUGUGUUUGCUGCCUAUCAUUUAUCCCUAGAAACUUCCUUUCUCGCGGAUGAAGGUGCCACAUUACCUAAUAUGCCCCUGAAUCCCUCUACCUCUUCACUGGAGAAGACAGCUUCAGACAAUCGUAGUUCAAUUGUUUCUACUUCUGCUAGCCAGAGAACUCCUGAAGUAGGGAGCGAUAAUUACAGUCACGAGGAAGGUUAUAUGACAGAUUCGGAACUUAUGGACCCAACGGUUGCAAAUCUGGUCUCUGAUACAUAUGAUGGUGAUGUUGUCUUAACUGAUGUUCUUGAUUCAAAGGAUUCGGAUGUUCUUCCUUCUUCAGACACUCAAAUCCCUUCCCACCCCGAACUUAUUGAAACCAUGGGACGAGAUGGGAAAAAUGAGGUUUCAGGUGAAUAUUUCUCUUCAACUGAUACCAAUCAGAGCAUAUUGGUCUCCUUUUCGAGCCGCUGUGUGCUAAAGAGGAUUGUGUGCGAACGAUCUCGGCUCCUUCGCAUCAAAUUCUAUGGAUGUUUUGAUAAGCCUCUUGGAAGGUAUCUUCGCGAUGACCUGUUUGAUCAGACUUCUUACUGUCGGUCCUGUGAGGAACCUGCUGAAGCCCAUGUAUUAUGCUAUACUCAUCAGCAGGGUAACCUAACAGUCAAUGUAAAGCGGAUUCAUUCAUUGAGACUUCCAGGGGAACAGGAUGGGAAGAUAUGGAUGUGGCACCGAUGCCUUAAGUGUGCUCACGAUGCUAAUGGAGUCCCACCUGCAACCCGGAGAGUGGUCAUGUCAGAUGCUGCCUGGGGCCUGUCUUUUGGGAAGUUCCUGGAGCUAAGCUUCUCGAACCAUGCAACAGCCAAUCGUAUUGCGACAUGUGGACACUCACUGCAGAGGGACUGCCUUCGUUAUUAUGGAUUCGGGAGUAUGGUGGCAUUUUUCCGGUAUUCACCAAUUGAUAUUCUCUCAGUUUGUUUACCCCCUUCGAUGCUUGAAUUCAACAGUCAGGUUCAGCAAAAAUGGCUUAAGAAAGAAGCAGGGGAGCUUAUCGAUAAGAUGGAAACUCUUUACCUGGAAAUAUCAGGAUUACUUGAUGGCGUUGAACAGAAAAGUGCUAUUUUCGGAAAUGAAUUUGUUGUAACGCACGAGCUUCAGAACUACAUCUUGGAGCUCAAAGACUUGCUUAAAAAGGAAAGAGCUGAUUAUAACGAUUUGCUUGAGGCGGCACUUGCAUGUUCUUCUCAACUGGGUCAGAGUGUAGACAUUCUUGAAUUAAACCACCUGCAACGGUCGCUUGUGAUUGGGUCCCUUGUUUGGGACCGACGGCUGUAUUCUCUUCAUCUGCUCCUUGGGACAAACUCUCCAAAAGCCAAGAGAAGUGCUGCAUUGUGUACCGAACUGAAGGAGUUGAGUAUUAGUCCUGAAAGCAAUGUCUCUGAGCCCUCAAAUUUGGUUGCUUCUUCUGUGAGUGGGAGCCAGUUGGAUACCAAAGAGGAGGACUUGCACUCUGACGGGGAGACACUUUCUGAAACUAUUACCUCCUCCGACGAGCCCAAUCUCUCGGAGAGAAUAGAUUCCGCAUGGACUGGUAGUGAUCACAUGUCAGACUCUCUCACAAGUGGGUCCCUUGGUCCAACGGGCGGAAAUGAUAGCCCCUCGUUUAGGAGACUGAUGGCACCAAUGAGGGUGAACUCUUUCGACUCAGCCCUGAAGAUUCGAGAGAGAAUCCAGAAAGGAUUCCCGCCCUCAUCAUUACAUCUGUCAACGAUCAGGUCUUUCCAUGCUUCAGGAGAUUAUCGGAACAUGGUGAAAGAUCCUGUCUCCAGCAUGAUGAGGACGUACUCUCAAAUGCUCCCUCGGGAUGCUCAGAAGAUAACCCCGUCAAUUAUAUCCUCUGCAGCCCACUUGGCCUUGGGCGCUCGCUUGUUAGUCCCGCACACUGGAAAUGACAUUGUUAUUGCUGUUUAUGAUGAUGAACCCACUAGCAUAAUAUCUUAUGCCCUCAGUUCGAAGGAGCAUGAGGAUUGGGUUUCGAUUAAAACGGAUGAGCAUGGAAAUGAUUGGAAUGGAACGGAGGGCAGCAGAGAUGAUGCUAGUGCAGCUUCGAGCUUCUCUUCUUUGCAUUCUUUCGGUGCUUUAGAUGUAGACCACAUAAAUGGUUACGGCAAUUACACAUCUGAGGAUGCCACGUCAUCGUCUGUGAGUUCGCUGUUCCGGGACCCCAAGAGGUCUCCUCACCUUCGAAUUUCUUUUGGAGACGAGUCGCCAUCUUCUGGUGGGAAGGUGAAGUUUUCAGUCACAUGUUAUUUUGGGAAGCAGUUCGAGUCCCUCAGGCGGAAGUGUUGCCCCAGUGAGCUGGAUUUUGUGAGGUCAUUGAGCCGGUGCAGGAGAUGGAGUGCUCAGGGAGGGAAGAGCAAUGUUUAUUUUGCCAAGUCAAUGGACGAGAGGUUUAUAAUAAAGCAGGUCACCAAAACAGAGCUAGAUUCAUUCGAGGAUUUCGCAUCCGAGUAUUUCAAGUAUCUGAAUGACUCUCUCAGCUCAGGCAGCCCGACUUGCCUCGCUAAAAUCCUUGGAUUAUACCAGGUCACGGUGAAACACCUGAGAGGCGGCAAGGAGAUGAAGAUGGAUCUGAUGGUGAUGGAGAAUCUCUUCUUCAGGAGAAGCAUCUCGAGAGUAUAUGAUCUGAAAGGGUCCAACAGAGCUCGAUACAAUCCCGACACGACGGGGAAGGACAAAGUUCAGCUCGACAUGAAUCUCUUAGAGACUCUGCGCACGCAGCCCAUAUUUCUUGGAAGCAAGGCCAAGAGGAGUCUUGAGAGGGCCAUCUGGAACGACACCUCGUUCUUAGCGUCGGUCGAUGUGAUGGACUACUCAUUGCUCGUGGGGGUGGAUGACGAGAGCAAGGAGCUCGUUUUGGGGAUCAUUGACUUCAUGAGGCAGUACACAUGGGACAAGCACCUCGAGACGUGGGUCAAGGCGUCAGGGAUCCUUGGCGGACCCAAGAACGCUUCCCCAACUAUCAUCUCCCCUAAGCAAUACAAGAAAAGGUUCCGGAAGGCGAUGACUGCCUACUUCCUUACCGUGCCUGACCAGUGGUCCUCGUGAAUUACAUUGUUCACGAGAGCCGCAGCACGUGCAUAUUCUUUUUCCUCGACUGGGAAAUGUAUUUAUUCAUUGACAAAAUAAUAACAAGGUGGCACGCCCUGCAGCACAAAGCGCAGGCGUAGCAGGUCGAUUUUAGUUUACUUGCUCCCUUUGGGCUCUUGAUUUCUCAUCAGCCACCAGGUUGUAAUAUUUGACAAACAGAGGUCUCAUGUACAUCAAGAAAGAGGUCAUUCUUUGGUGGGAUAUAUCUGACUUUGCCUAAUA